AUGCCGCGCCUGAAGCCGCAUCAAUCCUCAGCGCAAGCUUUCUGUUCCUCCUCGGACGGUGUAUAUAAGCUCAGCACCUUCGACGCGCCCGUAUCCGGCACGGGCACUCCAGGCAAUGCACCGACGUGGAAAUUGACCGUCGACGACACCUCGUCGGGGUACAAGCAAAAGGUCACCGGGUUUGGCGCUGCUGUCACCGACGCCACUGUCUCCCUCAUCAGUGCGCUCUCUGCCGACGUCAAGGCCAAGCUGCUUCGGGAGCUGAUGACUUCGGAUGGUGUGGACUUCAGCCUGUUGCGACAUACCAUUGCGUCGUCGGAUUUGUCGGGGCCGCCGGCGUACAGUUAUGAUGAUAAUUCAGGGAAUGCCGACACGACAUUGGCUGGUUUCGAUCUUGGGGACAGGGGCAAUUCUAUGGCAGACUUGUUGGCCGAUAUGAAGGCCCUCAAGGCCGAUUUGACCAUCCUGGGAUCCGUGUGGGCCCCCCCAGCGUGGAUGCAGUUGGAUAAUGCGCUGACGGGAACAACGGUCAAUAACAACCUGGACCAUGACUAUGUCGACGCGUAUGCGCAGUACUUUGUCAAGUACAUCAAGGCAUACACGGCCAAGGGAGCCCCGAUCAAUGCCAUCACUAUCCAGAACGAGCCCUUGAACAGCCAAUCGGGUUAUCCAACCAUGUACAUCUAUGCAGACGAGUCUGGUUCGCUCAUCAAAGACAACGUUGGGCCUGCGUUGAAGGCAGCUGGUCUUAAAACUGAAGUCUGGGCGUACGACCACAACACCGAUGUCCCCUCGUACCCCCAGACCGUGAUUGACACGGCUUCCGAAUACGUCAACACCGUCGCGUGGCAUUGCUAUGCAUCUAACAAUAACUGGACCGUCUUAACCGACUUCCACACCGCCAACCCCAGCGUACGUCAAUACCAAACCGAAUGUUGGACCUCGUCCACCACCUCCUGGGACCAAGCCUCGGGCUUCACCAUCGGCCCACUCCAAAACUGGGCCCAAGGCUCCCUAGCCUGGACUCUCGGCUCCGACACCUCCUUCGGCCCACACCUCGACGGCGGCUGCGAAACCUGCCGUGGCCUGGUCGUCGUCGAUACCUCUGCCGGCACGUACGAGUUCCAGGUCGAUUAUUACAUGAUGGGGCAGUACUCCAAGUUCAUCCCGAGGGGUGCGAUGAUUUUGCACGGGAGCGGGAGUUAUACGUAUGAGGACGGGUCGGGCAUCCAGUCGGUGGCGAGCGUGAAUCCUGAUGGAACCAGGACGGUGGUUAUUGAGAACAAGUUUGGGAAUGACGUGUAUGUUACGGUCAAGAUGAAGAGUGGGGAGACUUGGAGUGGGAGGGUUCAUGCGAGUAGUGUUGUGACUUGGAUAUUGCCGUAG